AUGCUCGGCUUAUUCGUUCUCUUGGCCUCUGCCCUAGUCAGUGCAUACCCUAACAGGGGUCCCUGCACUGGCGACUGCUGGACUCAUGAUCCUUCUAUGAUCCAGCGAGUAUCUGAUGGAAAGUACUUCCGUUUCGCUACCGGUACUGGUGUCAACACCCAUACUUCACCAUCAGUAAAGGGCCCAUGGACGGAUGUUGGUUCAGCCCUGCCAGACGGAUCCAACAUUCACAUCGAUGGCGUCGACAGCAAGAAUAUCUGGGCCCCUGAUGUCCACUACCAAAACGACCAGUACUAUAUGUACUACGUUCUCUCCAAAAUCGGUACCCAAAACUCAGAAAUCGGAGUAGCAACCUCCAAAACAAUGGAACCCGGUUCCUGGACCGACCACGGUGUUGUCGGCCUCCCCGCCAAUAGCAACUACAACCGUAUCGACCCAGCCUGGAUCAGCAUCAACGGCAAGGACUACAUGAACUUCGGCUCAUUCUGGGGCGACAUCUACCAGGUCGAGAUGGAGACCCCUCUAAAGGUCGGCUCAGCUACUCCUCACCAGAUCUCCUGGAACUCGACUCUCAACCACCGCGAAGAGGGUUCCUACGAGUUCAGGCACGGUGAUUUCUACUACCUGAUCUAUUCUGCUGGUAUUGCCGGACAGUACACCCAGGAUUAUCCUCCUGAGGGUGCUGAGUACCACAUCCGUGUGUGCCGUUCCCAGACUGGUCUCGGUGACUUUGUUGACGCCGAUGGCACCCCCUGUACUCAGACCGGCGGAACAAUGCUCCUCUCUUCCCACGGCCAAGUCUUCGGACCUGGUGGUCCCGGUGUUGUCAAUGACGAGGACCUCGGUCUCGUCAUGUACUACCACUACUACCCCCUAUCCAAGAAGCAAAGCACCACUGUCUCCGACAACUCGAACUACAUGUACGCCUGGAACGCUCUAGGCUGGAAGGACGGCUGGCCUUUCGUCCAGGCACCUUAA